AUGUCUCUCUCCCCAUGCCAGGCCAAGAGGGGCUUCAGUGCUCGCUCAGCAUGUUCCGCUUUCUCUGGGGCUCGAGGCAGAGCUGGCUUCAGCAGCAGGAGCCUCAGCUCCUCCAGGAGAUGGAGAGGAAGCUCUUGUGAGAGGGCCUGGGGGGCAGGGGCCAGGCAAGGGGUAAGGUUCAGGCAGGGGAGUGGAGGGCCUGGUCUUUCCCAGUGCCCUCCAGGGGGCAUCCAAGCGGUGACUGUGGACCAGAGCCUGCUGACCCCACUGAAGAUUGAGGUUGACCCCCAGUUCCAGGUGGUGAAGACGCAGGAGACUCAAGAGAUCAGAACCCUCAACAACCAGUUUGCCUCCUUCAUUGACAAGGUACGCUUCCUGGAGCAGCAGAACAAGGUCUUGGAGACCAAGUGGGCCCUGCUCCAGCAGCUGCAGGGGAGUCACAGCCCUCAGGGCCUGGAGUGCAUCUUCGAAGCCUGCCUGGCCCGGCUCAGGCAGCAGCUGGAGGAGCUGCAGAGAGAGCGAGGGGCUCUGGACUCUGAGCUGAAGACCUAUCAGGAUCAGGAGGAUGAGUACAAGUCCAAGUAUGACCAGGAAGCUCACAAGCAUGCCUCCGUGCAGAAUGACUUUGCGGUCCUUAAGAAGGAUGUGGAUGAGGUUUUCCAGAGCAAGAUGGAUUUGGAAGGCAGGCUGGAGUCUCUGAGAGAAUACGUCUGCUUCUUGACACGUCUGUAUGAAGAAGAACUGGGACAGCUGCAGACUCAGGCAGAUGGCAUGUCGGUGGUGCUGUCCAUGGAUAAUAACUGUUGCUUGGACUUCAAUGACAUCAUCGCUGAGGUCCGUGCCCGGUACGAGGAGAUCACUCAGACCAGCAAGGCCGAGGCAGAGGCUGUGUUCCAGACCAAGUUCCAGGAACUUCAGGCCUCAGCCCAGCUUCAAGGGGACAGCAUGAAGGAGGCCCGGGUGCAGAUUUCACAGCUCCAUCAGGCCAUUCAGAGGCUGCAGAGUCAGAUUGCAAGCCUCAGGACUCAGAAUGGCAGUCUGCAGUCAGCCAUUGCUGAUGCUGAGCAGCAUGGGGAGAUGGCUCUGAAGGAUGCUCAGGCCAAGCUGGAUGAGCUAGAGGAGGCUCUGAGAACAGCCAAGCAGGACAUGGCCCAAAUGUUGCGCGAGUACCAGGAACUGUUGGGCACAAAGUUGUCCCUGGAUGUGGAGAUUGCCACAUAUCGAAGGCUGCUGGAGAGCGAGGAGUGCAGGAUGUCUAAGGAGUACAUCAGCCAGGUUACUAUCUGUGAGUAUGAGGGGACUUUGAGAGUAGGGUUACCUUGUGAAGGCAGUGUUGUUGUGCCUGGAGGAGUUGGUGGAGGUCAAGUGGUCAUACCUGGAAGAAUUUGUGGAGGCCAAGUGGUCAUACCUGGAAGAGUUGAUGGAGGCCAAGUAGUAAUGCCUGGAAGAAUUUGUGGAGGCCAAGUAGUAAUGCCUGGAAGAAUUUGUGGAGGCCAAGUGGUCAUACCUGGAAGAGGUGAUGGAGGCCAAGUGGUCGUACCUGGAAGAGGUGAUGGAGGCCAAGUGGUCAUGCCUGGAAGAGGUGAUGGAGGCCAAGUGGUCAUACCUGGAAGAGGUGAUGGAGGCCAAGUGGUCAUACCUGGAAGAGUUGAUGGAGGCCAAGUGGUCGUACCUGGAAGAGGUGAUGGAGGCCAAGUGGUCAUACCUGGAAGAGUUGAUGGAGGCCAAGUGGUCAUACCUGGAAGAGUUGAUGGAGGCCAAGUGGUUGUACCUGGAAGAGGUGAUGGAGGCCAAGUGGUCAUGCCUGGAAGAGGUGAUGGAGGCCAAGUGGUCAUACCUGGAAGAGGUGAUGGAGGCCAAGUGGUCAUGCCUGGAAGAGGUGAUGGAGGCCAAGUGGUCAUACCUGGAAGAGGUGAUGGAGGCCAAGUGGUUGUACCUGGAAGAGGUGAUGGAGGCCAAGUGGUCAUGCCUGGAAGAGGUGAUGGAGGCCAAGUGGUCAUGCCUGGAGGAGAUUGUAGAGGCCAAAUGGUCAUGCCUGGAAGAGGUGAUGGAGGCCAAAUGGUCAUGCCUGGAGGAGAUUGUAGAGGCCAAAUGGUCAUGCCUGGAGGAGAUUGUAGAGGCCAAAUGGUCAUGCCUGGAGCAGAGUGCAGAGGCCAAAUGGUCAUGCCUGGAGGAGAUUGUAGAGGCCAAGUGGUCGUGCCUGGAGGAGAUUGUAGAGGUCAAAUGGUCGUGCCUGGAGGAGAUUGUAGAGGCCAAAUGGUCAUUCCUGGAGGAGAUUGUAGAGGCCAAGUGGUCAUGCCUGGAGGAGAUUGUAGAGGCCAAGUGGUCAUGCCUGGAGGAGAUUGUAGAGGCCAAGUGGUCAUGCCUGGAGGAGAUUGUAGAGGCCAAGUGGUCAUGCCUGGAGGAGUUGGUGAUAGUCAAGGGGGCACUUGUGGACUCAGAGGCUGGAAAGGCAGCUUUGGGUCUGGAGGCUGCUCUAGCAUCGUAACUGGUGGCUUUGAUAUCCCCCAGGGAUCUGGGUACAGUCCCAGCAUGGGUUCUUGCUCUGUGUCUGGCUCUGGCUUCAGUUCUGGCUCUGGCUCCUGCUGCCGCACCAUCCUGAAGAAGACAGUGGAAUCAAGUCGGAAGACAUCUGUCAUUUACUGA